UGGCAAACGCCCUUGUUGAUUUUUUGUGAAAAUCCACACAAUUGUGGAUUUUGUUUUUCUGAUUUUCGAUAAUAGUCAAGUUUAAUACAACUUAAAGUUCAAUGGCUAUACGCUUUUUGCAAUUUCGGUAACACAAUCUGUAUCACGAAGGAGUAAACAUGCGUUUCAAACAGACAAAGCCUCAACAUGUUAAAAAGAAAGAGGGAGAAAGAGAUCAGUCCAGUGGGUUGAGUAGUACGCACACUGAAAUCCUUGCACACUGCAGCGAUACAGAAUGGGAAGGAUAUGACUGCAUUGACGGAGAUAUGGAUUCUGUGAAACUGAAGAUGAACUUAUUAGAAGACCAUAACCCGAACAUCCAGCUAAAUGGACAGUCCGAAGAACCAGUGAUGGACUUGCGUCCUAUGCUGGAGCUAUACAGUAAUGACGAAUGCAAUGGGUCAGCUAUUUGCCAUGAGGACAUGCUGGAUGACCCACCAACUCCUGCGGCAGCAGAAAAUGAUGUUAUAAUCCAAGGGAGACGACCUAUUUUCUCAGAGUCUGAGGAAUCCAAUAUAGCAACCCAACUUAAACAAUGGAAAGAACAGGGCAUGAAGUACACAAGGCUUGAUGUUGUCAAGAUGGCUUCAGAGUAUGCUGUGCAUCUUGGGAAGCGUCCACAGGGGAGGCCACUCACUGUAAAAUGGUUCCGAAGCUUUUUGACACGCCAUCCAGAAUGUUACAUUAGGAAAUCUAGAAAAACUAAAAACGAACGCCCAGAGAAGCAACACUUCAACCAGCUAGAUAUGAUACUUACAACAUACAACAUGAAGGAGAGCCCACAUUGUAUCUUUAGCUUGGUAGAGCUGCCUCUGACAAUGUUAAAGAAUGGGGAGAUUUCUAUUCCAGAAGACCUUAGUCUUAACGGAGCAAGUAUGAAUGGAGGCAAACCACACAAAAAAAUGACUUUUCUUGGCAAAGUACCAUCCACAAUUCUUUUUUGUGGCAGUGCUGCUGGCCAAGCCCUGCCUCCUUUUCUCAUCUUUUCAGGCAAGACCUUGGAUAAAUCAAUUUUGUCUGGCGUCACACCAGGUGCCGGCGGCAUAGCUUGCCACUCUGGGCGCGCAACUCCCGAGGUUUUAAUCUCGUUUCUCCGAGAGCACUUUUUGUCCCAAGCCCCUGGUCGUUCAGGAGACACGCUCAUUCUCUUGUUGGACUCCAACCUUGGUCGCUGUUUGAACCAGGCAGUUAUUGACCUGGGGUCAGCAUUCAAGGUCGUGUUUGUGACAGCUCAAACCACUCUCAACCCCCAGCUCCAUCCAAUGGCCAUAGGAUGCUGCAACACAUUUCAGCGAGAGCUGUGCUUUGAGCUGCAGAAACCACUCUAUUCAUCUGAGACAGCAUCCAUAUCAUCUUUCUCAAUCUGUGAGUUCUUGUGCCGGCUCUACCACCGCAACAUGUCGGCAGAAAAUCUACACUCCACUUUCCGGAAAGCUGGCAUCUUUCCUUUCAACCCCUCCAUUUGCAGAAAGAGAUACGGCUCCGCAGUCGUCCGGCCAGCUAUUGCUUCUGGUCAGUCGAGUAAGUAUAGAGAACCAGUGACCAGCGAUCUCCAGCCGUACUUGAGGGCUUGUGAGGAGGAGGAGGACAUGGAUGGCCCUCCAGCAGACGACGACGCAGACCUUCAGUAAGGUUGAGAGCAGACUUGAUGUUGUCGGUUCCGUUGUCUUUUGUGCACUUUUUACUUUUUUUAAAAAUCUACUUGCAGAAUUUUUUUCAAAAUUGUUCAUAAAACUUUUUUUUUUCAAAAUGAAACUCAUUUUUAACCCAUAGCCAAUUGACUUAAGUAAUUAUAAUCUUGGCAACAAUUUUGCUGUUUACAGUAAGAGCCAACCUUGUUUUUGGGAUCUCAAAUGCUCAAUUUACACAACCCCUAAUCUAGUCGUGUAUCAUUUUGGCGGCCUGUUUUUAUUGUUUAUUUUUAUUUCACUGUUUUAUCAAUCACAUAACCCUGCUCAUUUGUGUGCAAUUGUUUUAGUAGGACAUCAACAUACAUUUACAUGUCCAAUACAUUAUUAUUGUUUGAAAUCCUAUUCAUAAAAUGUCUCUAAAGAUUGCUACUUUUAAAAUGCAUUAACACAUUUAACUAUUCAAGGCUUAAUCUUUUUUACGAAACAAACUUUUCAGGGAAUUAUUUUUAAAAAAGCUAUUGAAAUUGUUUACCAAGACUUUAAAGGAACAAUUAAGUUAAUUUUUAAAAUGUAUCAUGUACAACGAGUAUAGAUUUACAUUUCACUUUUAUUACAUGUUAAUUUGUAUACAGUAUUUCAAUCUUUAAAAAGAUUUUUCAAUGAUUCCCUUUGUCUAUAAAAACCAGGUUAACUUCAUCUAAGACAGUCAAAAUGUUUAUAA